UAAUAGUAAUAAAUCACACAGCAAUAGGACAUUCAUGUACUAUUCAAAACACGUUACUCUCAUUGAGUAACGUAACAGAAUAAAUUACAAACUACAUUUUGGGGCAUGUAGUCUGUAGUGGAAUACAUUUUUAAAGUAACCUUCGCAUCACUGAUGCUGACAGACAGCUCUAACCGUGUUUGUGUAUGUCAGUAUGUUUGAUGUAGGAGGACAGCGGGACGAACGCAGGAAGUGGAUUCAGUGCUUCAACGAUGUGACCGCCAUCAUCUUCGUGGCAGCGAGCAGCAGCUACAACAUGGUGAUCCGUGAGGACAACUCCACCAAUCGGCUGCGAGAAUCUCUGGACCUCUUCAGAUCCAUCUGGACCAACAGGUUCCUGAAGACUAUUUCAGUGAUCCUCUUCCUGAACAAACAGGAUGUUCUUGCUGAGAAGAUUCUGGCUGGAAAGUCGAAGCUGGAGGAUUAUUUCCCAGAAUAUAACAACUACCAGCUUCCUGCUGAUGCUGUUCCAGACACUGAUGAAGACCCCAAAGUGAUGAGGGCCAAGUUCUUCAUCAGAGAUGAGUUUCUGAGGAUCAGUACGGCGAGUGGUGACGGCAAACAUUACUGCUACCCUCACUUCACCUGUGCUGUUGACACCGAGAACAUCCGCCGUGUCUUCAACGACUGCCGUGACAUCAUCCAGCGGAUGCACCUGCGGCAGUAUGAACUGCUCUGACUGCUGGGCGCCGCCUGGCCCCGGCCACUCUGAAGAAGCCGAUAAGUAAUGGAAGCAGAUAGCCGAUCAAUGCUCAUAGCGUUUGUGAUAUUUAUUAGUGAUUAUAGAUUAGGACAGACUCUUAUUAGCUGUGUGUUCCAUGUUCUUUAUGUCCUGCAGGGCAUUGUGGUCAGAAUUAUUGGCAUGGCAGCAAUGUGUCAUGUGGGAGGAGGUGGAGUCUGGAAAUCUAUUUUUACAUGUUAUUUGUGUUAUCUUUGCUCUGAUUGGCUGAUCCAUUUGAAUAAUUAAACACCUUUGUUUACCUGUGAACUUGGGGUCAAAGGUCAGUCUUUAUUCAGAA